GAACAGACCGUUCUACCUGGAGUUUCAUUGUCAGAUAUGAAACUCUGCUCCUGGCCAGGGGCCUCUUACGGUUUGGCCCUUCUGGCAUUCCUGUGCAAUUGUGCCACAGCUGUGGAGAGACGCUAUUACAUUGCAGCUGUUAAUAUUAACUGGGACUACACAUCUGCUGGACAGCAAAGGACUGGACCAUCAUAUAAAAAGGUCGUAUACAGGGAGUACAAUGAGGGAUUCACACAGGCUAAAACACAUCCGUUGUCCUCAGGGUUACUUGGGCCGACAUUGCGAGGGCAAGAGGGUGACACAAUCAUUGUCACGUUCAAGAACAUGGCAGAUCAUCCCUGCAGCAUCCACCCACAUGGCAUUGCUUACGGGAAGCAGUCAGAGGGAUCUUUAUACUUUGACAACACGUCACUCUAUGAGAAAGAAGAUGACGUAAUUUUACCCGGCCAAGAGCACACAUACCAAUGGGACGUGACGUCUGAGGUGACCCCUACGGCUGCGGACCCCCCAUGUAUCACCUACACAUACCUUUCCCACUUUGACAUAGUCAAGGACUACAAUACAGGGUUAAUAGGCACAAUGCUGAUCUGCAAGAAAGGCACCCUAGACGGCUCCGGAAAUCAGAUUCAUUUCCAUCAGGAGGCUGUGCUGUUGUUUGGAGUGUUUGAUGAGAACAAGAGCUGGUACAACACCGGGGGCCCUGAACAGGCACACAAUGUCAAAUACACUAUAAAUGGCUACACAAAUGGCUCUGUACCAGAUCUGGACAUCUGCGCCCACUCUAAAGUCAGCUGGCACCUGCUGGGAAUGAGCUCUGAGCCAGAGCUCUUCUCUGUACACUUCAAUGGGCAAGUCCUGCUGCAUGAUGGCCACAAAACCUCAACUGUUGGCAUCAUUAGUGGAACUGCCACUAGUGCCAGUAUGACUGGUAUCCACCCCGGCCGCUGGCUUAUUUCCUCUCACAUUAGCAGGCACUUGGAAGCUGGUUUGCAUGGAUACCUAAAUUUCAAGACGUGUGAUGAGUACACAGCACCAAAAAGACGGCUUACCAUCCAACAGAAACAAGAAAGCCAAGAGUGGACCUACUACAUUGCCGCAGAAGAGAUAAUCUGGGAUUAUGCUCCAAAUAUGAAAGAAAACAUGGAUGGGGAUUUCCGAUCAAAAUAUUUAAAGCAGGGGCCUCAGCGAAUAGGUAAAAAAUACAAAAAAGCAGUAUUUACUCAGUUUAAAGAUGGCACGUUUAAAGAAAAAGUGGAAGACAAGCAGAGAAAGAAAGAGCUUGGGAUUCUCGGGCCAGUGAUAAGAGCUCAAAUCAGAGAUGUCAUAAAGAUUGUCUUUAAAAACAAAGCAUCACGUCCAUACAGUAUCUAUCCUCAUGGACUGACCAUUGAUAAAACAGCAGAAGGAGCCAGUUAUCCUGCAGGAGGGAACCAGACACACGGAAUUCAACCAGGUGAGAUUUAUACAUAUACAUGGAGUGUGUCUGAGGAAGAUACACCAACGGACAGUGACCCUAGAUGUCUGACCAGGAUGUACCACAGUGCAGUGGACACUCCUCGAGACAUUGCCUCUGGUCUUGUGGGUCCUCUUCUCAUCUGUAAGAGCCAGUCCCUCAACAAAAAGAAUGUCCAGCUGAAAGCAGACAAAGAACAGCAUGCAAUGUUUACCGUCUUUGAUGAGAACAAGAGCUGGUACCAUGAUGAGAACAUUAACACAUACUGCAGUGACCCCAAAAGAGUUAAAAGAGACGAUCCAGAGUUUUACAAAUCCAACGUUAUGCACACAAUCAAUGGCUAUGUAUAUGAAAGUGGCCAAGAAUUGGGAUUUUGUAAUGGUGAAAUCGUGACCUGGCAUGUAUCAAGUGUUGGCGAACAAGAUUACAUCCAGACUGCCACUUUUUAUGGCCAUUCAUUUGAGCUAAAAAACAGAGAGGAGGAUAUGCUCAGUCUAUUUCCCAUGACUGGUGAAACUAUCACUAUGAACAUGCUUAAUAUAGGUAUUUGGCUUUUAGCAUCACUGAACUCUCACGAUUCCACUAAAGGGAUGAGGGUGAAAUUCAAGGACCUUGAAUGCUUCAGAGAUUACGUAAUGGAAUAUGAUUAUGAACCAGAAAAAUUCACUGUAUGGAAACCUGCGUCCAUCAGUGAAAUUAAAAAAGAGGAACCAAAACAAAUAAAACCUAUUGUGGUUGAUGAGGACACCGAAAUCUAUGCAGAAGAAUUUGGUUUGAGGUCGUUAAAAAGCUUUAAAGAUGACUUUGAGCUAAUUGACUUUUCGAUACUAGAUACUGACGAUGAUUUAUUGCCGACUAUUGAGACAAAAAGCCCUGCCUCAAUUGACGAGUUGGACAAAUCACACAAUACUACAUUCGGAUCUUUCAAUCAGAUUCAUGGUUUAUCAGCUGAGGAGGCUGGUUUGGACAAGAGACAAUCUUCAAAUAAAGUCUUGAAUGAAAGCACAGAAGAGGCAUUGCUAGACAUGACAAGCGUUUUUGAUUCCAAACCAGAGGUCAUGUCAAACAAUGACACGGACAGUAUUAUCUCACAUUUUCCAGUUGUAGAAAGAAAGGUACGCAGUGUACCAACAAAGCCAGUGAAUGAAACGGAAAGUGUCUCCACAAAUGUUACCCUGGAUAUUGAAAUAAAUACCAACAUAGUAGAAAACGUCAGUUCAUCUUUAGAGGCAGACAGUGUCUCUGUGAAUACCAAUCAUUCUCCAAUAAUUGAAACCAACAUCUCCCACACAAUGAAUGAAACACACAUUUUCCCCACUAAUACCAGUAUCACUUCAUCUGAUACUCCAGUUGGUGACAGAAACAUUACCAUGGAAGAUGACAGUCCAUCUCUAAAUUAUUCUGAAUCAAACCUUUCAAAACAAACCUUAGUAAACAAAACAGUAAUUCAAGAAGAGGCAAACACUAAAAAUAACACAGACUUAGCGGAUGGUGACCGUGAUAGUUCGGGUCCCGUCUUCAUAUACCACGUGCCUAGUCCUGAUUCUCUCUCCAACAGCUCAGAGACACAAACUGAGGAGGAUUUUGUGCUUCUGGAUGGUGGUCAUCACUUGGAAGUUUCAACAGAUUAUAAGACUGCAGUAGAAUAUAAAGUCUCACCAAUGGACACACCAGAGGAGAUUGGCGAAUUAACUGAAAACACAACAAGGAUUCAAGAACUCAACAGCACAAAGGUGAAUUACACCAGUGAGAUGUUUUCGCAGAUUUUUAAUCUCAGUUUGUCUUCGCUUUUGAGAAACAAGACUUUGCAAAGCAACGAGUCUGAAUCUUCAAAUGCAACUUUGUCUGAUUUCAGUCUCGACCUUGAAUCUGAAAUAACAGAGAACAGCACAUCACCCACUAAUGUUACAAUGAAAUCUCACAGUGAAAUUUUGAGAAAUGCAUCAGAGCUCUUUUCUUCAGACAGUACGGAGAAUAUGACCUUUUCUCUCAGCCCUUUCAAUGUUUCAUCCACGAAAAACGGCUCAGAAAGCGAAAGUGAAGAGGAAGUAGUCAUCUAUCUGAAGAACAAUCACAGCGAGGCCAUACUCACAUCUCAUCUCGAUCCAAAAGAAGAGCACUGGGGUUAUGACGGCAAACAUGAACUGGUUCAUGUGGAAAUCCCAGAUCACAUGAACAAAUACAUCUCAGACAAGACCGCAGCAAAUUCAAAUAAACCAAAGACUGAAAAGAAAAAAAAAGUAGUUCACCAGAGGAUAAAGCCGAGAAAGGGAUAUGGCAUGAAGACGAAGAAAAGGAAAGAUUAUAAGCCACAGCCACGUUCUGAUGGUUCUGCAAAGGGUUUUUCUCCGAGAGGUUUUGGACCUUCUGGGUUGACCCCAAGGGGAAGCAGGCCUAUCUCUAGCGAGGAUGACCUGAUGGGGAAAUCCAUCAUCAUAGGAGUGCCAAGACGCGAUUUCAAUGAUUAUGAGUUAUAUGUUCCAAAACAUGAGCAGACUGAAGAUUUUGAUGGUAUGGUUGAUCACCCAGAAGAUUAUGAAUAUGUAGAGUACAAAGACCCUUAUAGCAAAGCAGCAGAUGUGCAAAGCCCAGUGCUUGAUGCAACAUCCCAGCAUUUCUUAAAAAUUGCUGGAGACAAGGAUACCAGAACUUUUUUCAUCUCAGUUGAAGAGGAAGAGUGGGAUUAUGCUGGUUAUGGGCAGAGGAGGCUUGAUAAAUCAUCUCAAAACGAGAGGCCCACAUCUUUCAAAAAAGCGGUAUUCAGAAAGUACCUGGACAGCACCUUUAGUAUCCGAGACAUCCGAGGGGAAAUGGAUGAACACCUGGGAAUUCUGGGUCCGGUCAUUAAAGCUGAAGUUGAUCAGACUGUUAUGGUAUUUUUCAGGAACCUUGCCAGUCGUCCAUACUCUUUGCAUGCAAAUGGAGUAAAGUACUUAAAACAAAUGGAAGGCCUGAGUUACGAUGAUCAGUCACCAUACUGGUACAAACAGGAUGAUGCCGUACAACCCAACAGCACCUUUAUCUACAUGUGGACCAUAAAUUCCAAAUCUGGACCUCAAAAUAACGAAUCUGACUGUCGAACAUGGACUUACUACUCUGCAGUGAAUCCUGAGAGAGAUAUAAACUCUGGGCUGAUUGGACCGCUUCUGGUGUGCAGGAAGGGGACACUGGAUAAAAAGACGCUGGACAGAAGAGAGUUUGUCCUGCUCUUCAUGACGUUUGAUGAGAAUAAGAGCUGGUACUACGAGGAGAAUCGGGAGAGGAUUGAAAGGAAAAACAAAAGAGCAGUCAUGGAUCCAAAUUUUAAAAAUAAUUUAAAGUUUGACGCUAUUAAUGGUAUUAUCUACAGUCUCAAAGGACUACGAAUGUACACAAAUCAGCUAGCAAAGUGGCAUCUGAUCAACAUGGGCUCUCCCAAAGACCUCCACAGUGUCCAUUUCCAUGGACAAACGUUCAUAAAUAAGGAAUUAAAGGACCACCGUCAGGGUGUUUACCCACUUUUACCAGGUGGAUUUGCCACACUGGAAAUGUUGCCUUCAAAGCCUGGUCUCUGGCAGCUGGAGUCUGAAGUUGGACUCUCACAGCAGAGGGGAAUGCAGACGUUAUUCCUUGUGUUAGAUAACGUCUGUGAUCAUCCUCUUGGUCUCAACUCUGGAACUGUGAAGGAUGAAUACAUAUCAGCAUCUGACUCUAGAGGACAAUGGUAUCCUCAUUUGGCCAGACUACAUAAUACAGGGAAAUACAAUGCAUGGAGUACGACAAAGACAGGACAGCACAUUCAGGUGGACUUCCAGAGGCCGGUAGUCAUUAGUAAAGUUGCCACACAGGGAGCCAAGCAAUUCUUGAAGCAUAAUUUUGUGCUGAACUACACCAUUUCCUACAGCACAGACAAAAAGAAGUGGACUUUCUACAAGGGAGACAGUGAUACCGUCAGAAAGACUUUUGAAGGAAACAGCGAAGCUUACGACACGAAGGAGAAUAUAUUUUUCCCACCUCUGAUUGGUCGAUACGUGAGGUUAUAUCCUUUACAUUUUUACAACUACCCAACUGUCCGUUUGGAGUACUAUGGUUGCGAGCUUGAUGGUUGCUCUGUGCCACUGGGAAUGGAAAAUGGCUUCAUUACAGAUGCUCAAAUCACUGCCAGUUCUACGGCCUCCAGUUGGUACUCUGGCCAAUGGCAUCCUUGGUAUGCACGCUUAAAUAAAUAUGGGACCGUCAAUGCAUGGCAAGCCAAGAACAAUGACAUUCAGCCAUGGAUCCAGGUGGAACUCAAGGAUAUAAAGAAGAUAACUGGAAUUAUAACACAGGGGGCCAAAUCAUUAGGCAAUGAGAUGUUUGUCACAGCAUAUUCUCUGGAGUACAGUGAAGAUGGCAAGAGAUGGACAAAGUACACGGAUGAUGAGGAUUAUGAACAAAAGACAUUUCAAGGCAACACAGAUAACAAUGGACAAGUAAAGAACUACAUCUACCCGCCAAUAUUUUCCAAAUACAUCCGGAUUAUUCCAAAACAAUGGCAGAAAUCCAUCACUAUGAGGAUUGAGCUGCUUGGUUGUGAUUUUGAAUGAACACUGUGCUUUCUCUGAUAUGACAAUAGUUUUAAAUAAAUCUAUAUUUAAUGUGUUGUAAUUAAAUAUAUUAAAUAAACGCUGAAUCUCUUUUUUAAAAA